AUGGCCAACGACUUCUCCAGCCUGUGGGGCGGGCGUGAGUCGAUGGCAGAGUGCGGUGGCGCCCACGGCUGCGCGCACUACCGGCGGCGGUGCAGGAUCGUUGCACCCUGCUGCGGGGAGGUCUUCUGGUGCCGCCACUGCCACGACGCGGCGAAGAGCGACGGGGAGAGGGACCCGAAGAAGAUGCACAGGCUGGACCGCAAGGCGGUGAAGGAGGUGAUCUGCGAGCUGUGCGGGGAGCGCCAGCCCGUGGCGGCGUCCUGCAGGGGCUGCGGGGUGGCCUUCGGGCGGUACUCCUGCAUGGAGUGCAACUUUUUCGAUGACGACACCAGCAAGGAGCAGUACCACUGCGAGCAGUGCGGGAUAUGCAGGGUGGGCGGGCGUGAGAACUACUUCCACUGCGAGAUAUGCAACUGCUGCUACCACAACGACAUGCGGGGAUCUCAUGUCUGCAUUCAGAACAGCAUGCACCGCAACUGCCCGGUGUGCUAUGAGUACCUAUUCGACUCCAUAAGGAACAUCUCAGUGCUGCGGUGUGGCCACACGAUCCAUAAGGACUGCCUGGAGCAGCUCCUAGACUACAACCAGAAUUACUGCCCCAUCUGCAAGAAGACACUGUCUGACAACAUGUCCUGGAUGUGGAGGCAGAUGGAUGACGCCGUCCAGUCCAUGCCAAUGCCGCAGGAGUACGCAAACAAGAUGGUUCGCAUUGUGUGCAAUGACUGUCACGAACGCAGUGAGGUCUGCUAUCAUUUCAUUGGUCACAAGUGCAAGGGCUGCGGAGGAUACAACACGGCCCGAUGCUAG